AACCGGAAGCUCGAAACAUGUAGAUCACCUAGAGAGAUCCGGCCGCGACGGAGGAUGAUUCGGAGUUGAAUUUAACCACGUUUUCGGGGAAAACUAUAUAUUUUCCAAAGAUUCUUUUUCUCUUUUGAACUUCUCCUAAUCAUAGUGCUUCGGAACUCGAGAUGGUUGUUUUUACAGUUUGGUUUGUGUUUCUGCUGCACCUCACCUACACCGAAUUCUGUUAUGGAAAACAAGGAAAAGAAAGUAUGCAACCUGGUUGUAAAUUGGAAGGUUUACAUCCACUACUCAUCGUUACUUACAAGAACAUCACAAUAUCAGUCGACAAGAUUACCGUACCUCAUGCUGAGAGAAUCAUUGUAAGAUGCCGCGAGCUCGGGAGGUAUAAGCUGAUCGGAGAUCCUCUUCUGCAUUGUCGUAACGGAGUCUGGAAUGGGACCUUGCCAUCCUGCAUCCCGACUACAGCCAUCUCUAAUUACACCGAGGAUGUACCCCCGACGAUACUUUUCGGACUUCCUGCGGGAUCCGCAUCCAUAGAACCCUCAGGAGCUCUGUCUGUUUUUCCUGGAAGUAUCCUUCACCUGGAAUGCCUUUUCUCCAGGAAACUUGGGAAUCCAGAGUGGACCUGGACCUCUACCUUUCGUCAACAUCUAACCGGUUGGGCAAUUGCAGCCUCGGAGAGAGACACAAAAUAUCGACUGUCGAUAUACUACGCCAAGACUCAGGAUUCUGGCGUUUACACUUGCUCGACCCCCAGAGGCCUCACAAAUUCCAUUCGAGUUCACGUCGUAGAUGUUCACUGUCCAACUUUGGCACCACCUCAACCUCCCUUAAUUGGAAAAACAGAGGGUGCAAGAAUGGGACAAAGUGCACAUUUCGAAUGUCCCCCUGGAUACAGAUUGGAAGGAGUUCCCAGCAUGACUUGUCAGUAUAAUGGUAAAUGGUCUGCUGAAGUGCCACAGUGUGAGGCAAUAAUUUGUCCACCAAUCGAACCAACUAAUCCAAAACUUCAGCUUUUGGAACACAAUAGUAGUUUCGGAGGUAGAGUCUCAUUUACCUGUAUGUGGGGCAGCAGACUUUCUGGUUCGCAGAGUAUCCAAUGCGAUGGUGACGGCGUUUGGAGUGAUACGGUGCCAAAAUGUAUAGAAAUAACAUGCCCACCGCCUGUGGUGCCGAGAAGUGGAAGGAUCAUCGAGCACGUGAACACUUCCAGUAAAAAAAAAGGGAAAUCACGCAACAAGGUUGGCUCCCUAGUAAGAUUUGCCUGUCUUCCUGGACACCAACUACUGGGAGAGGCGUCUAUCAUUUGCACCGAAAAUGGAACGUGGUCUCACCAACCUCCAGUCUGUGAUGUGAGGUGUCAAUACCCAGGUGACCCACCCCACGGACAAAUAGCACCGCUGAAGUUCUGGUACAAACCGGGUGACAAUAUUCAAGUGACAUGCUCACCAGGCUACGUCACACCCCUUGAACCAGUAAAAAAACCAACUUGUCGGGAGAAUGGAAUGUGGAGUGCUCCACCACCUCCCUGCCGAUCCUACAAAGACGUCUAAAAAAAAGCGUUUUCUACUUUAAAAAAAAUCAAUUUGAACUUUUUGACAUGAGAUCAAUUUUAACACUCAUUGAGAGAUCAGUGCCAGUGACUAAAUAUGGAUAAGGACUUUUUUUAAAAGCUCUAGAUUCUGAGCAUGAAUAAUUAUAAAGGAGACAAAAGUGUUUUAGUAGGGUGGUUGUUAUUUAUAUUGUGAAAAAAAUUUGGAAUCCUAAACACGAGAAUAUGUUACUAACGCAAUGUAUAAAACAUAGUCCUAUUUAGAAAAGUUCAGGGAAUAAGAAUCGGCUAUAAUUUUUCAAAUUAUAAAAACUAAAGCCCGUUUUAUGGGGUCCCAAUGAAUCCCUUAGAAGUGCUAAUUGGUAUUUUCACGAAACAGAGGUCUUUAACUGAUUUUUUAUUGUUUAAACAAUUUUAAUUAUUUCAUAAAAUUUGUUUCUUGUAGAGGUCGCAAAAUAGAUAUAUAUUACAGAUGCUCUGAGCCUUGUAAUGAACGUGAAAGCGCAUCUUUGAUCAUUUCCAGACUCCAAGAAAAAUACAUUGUGAAAGAAAUAAUAUCAAUAAAAAUUUCACUGAAACUAAACAAAAAAAACUCAUAAUGUUUAUCAAAUCAAUUUAACUUCAAGCCAAGAAGUUACAUUUUUAUUUAAACAUACGUCAAUUUUAAA